AUGAGUCUUGAAUCCAUCAAGUACCCAGGGGGUGAUGAAUUUGUCAACAGGCUUAUAUCAAGUUGUCCAAUUCUUGAAGACUUGGUUGUGAAGCGAUGUGAAAAUGACAAUGUUACCAUUUUCAACAUUGUAGUGCCUUCUUUAAAGAGUUUAGUCUUGCAUGAAUCAUGGGACAAAUUUGUAGCCGAGGCUCAUGGUUUUCUGUUAGAUGCUCCUUCUUUGGAGUUGUUGGAAGUUUUUGAUAAUACCUGUAGGAUUCUUGUCGUUACUAGUAAUAUGCCUAAGAUUGUUGAGGCAAAGGUUGAAAUUUCUUAUGAUCAUCCUGGGAAGAUUCUGGCUUCUAUUGGUUCAGACGUUGGUGGUAUCUUCUGCUGCCUUGUACAUCUAAAGAUGUGUACAUGCGAGCCAGAAUGGUUGGAGCUACUUAUGCAUGUGCUUAAAAAGUCACCUAAAUUACGAGCUCUCAAAUUUGAAAAGUGCCCUGGACAGGGUGUAGUACCGUGCUCGCCCUGGAUGGAACCAAGUUCAGUUCCUGAUUGUCUUUUAUCGAGCCUUGAAACUGUGGAAUGGGUAAUGUAUAAAGGAACAGAGGAGGAGAACGAAGUGGUAGCAUUAAUCUUGAGAAGCGGAAGCUGUUUAAGGAAAGUAACUAUACACCCUAUAUCAACCAGCAACAGCAAGAAACUUAGAAUGAUCAAAGAGUUAUCGCUUUCGCCCAGGCGUUCGCCUACUUGUCAGCUUGCGUUUGACUGA